AUGGCAAAGGCAUACACGCAGGAUAAUUUCGAUGAGUUAAUGGGAAAGGUUCAAAAGGUAGAUAUGCGCGUGGCAGAGUAUUUGGAAUCGGCUGGUAGAGACAAGUGGGCUAGAUUGUAUGCAUCUGUUAAUCGAGGGUGGACAAUGACUUCUAACAUAGCAGAGUGCAUUAAUCGACAUCUUCUAGCAGCUAGAGAACUGCCUAUAUAUGACUUUCUCGAAGAAGUUAGAAGGAUGUUUGGGAGAUGGAAUUACAAUAACCGGAGAAAUGGAACAUACACGUUCACUAUACUCAGUAAAAAGUUUCAGGAGAUGCUAUCAAUCAACGAUUGUCGUAUGUUUCAACUAGAUGAAAUCCCCUGCCCGCAUGCAUGGGCUGUCAUUAAAAAGAAAAAUCUGGUUGCUGAGGAUUAUUGCUCUGAUUUGUUCAAACCGGAGACCGUGUUGAAGACAUAUGAUGUACCUGUGGAUCCUCUACUCGACGAGCGUGAAUGGAACAUUCCCAAAAACAUCUUGGAGGAUGUGGUUUUGCCACCAAGAUACAAGAGACCGCCUGGUAGGCCAAAGAAGAGGCGUGAUAAGCCUUUAAGUGAAUUGUUGUUUGGAAAGAGCAGACAUGCUUGCAGUACUUGUGGACAACUUGGGCACAACAGACGUUCAUGUAGUUUUGAGCCUCUGAGGAAGUGA